UGAAGUUGGAUCUUUCCUAAACUCUCCUGCCUGGAACCUGAGACUUGCAUGCCAUGGAUCACACACUCUUUGGCUGCCUGCGCAGCCCCCAUGCCACUGCGCAGAGCUUGCACCCUUUCUCCCAGUCUUCUCUUGCCCUGCAUGGAAGAUCUGACCACAUGUCCUACCCUGAUCUGUCUUCUUCUUCUUCCUCUUGCAUAAUAGCGGGAUACCCCAAUGAGGAGGGCAUGUUUGCCAGCCAACAUCAUAGGGGGCACCAUCACCAUCACCAUCACCACCAUCACCACCACCAGCAACAGCAGCACCAAGCUUUGCAGACGAACUGGCACAUUCCUCAGAUGUCGUCUCCUCCCGCCGCGGCCAGGCACAGCCUCUGCCUUCAGCCUGACUCAGGAGGACCCCCGGAGCUGGGCAGCAGCCCCCCUGUCCUGUGCUCGAACUCUUCCAGCCUGGGCACCAACACCCCCACGGGGGCAGCGUGCGCGCCAGGGGACUAUGGCAGGCAGGCUCUGUCCCCGGUGGAAACAGAGAAGAGGUCCGGCAAAAGGAAAAGCGACAGCUCAGAUUCCCAAGAAGGAAACUACAAGACAGAGGUCAACAGUAAACCCAGGAAGGAAAGGACAGCUUUCACCAAGGAGCAAAUCAGAGAGCUAGAAGCAGAAUUUGCUCAUCAUAACUAUUUGACCAGGCUGAGAAGAUAUGAGAUAGCAGUAAAUCUUGACCUCACUGAAAGACAGGUAAAAGUUUGGUUCCAGAACAGACGGAUGAAGUGGAAGCGUGUAAAAGGGGGCCAGCAAGGGGCAGCCGCCCGGGAGAAGGAACUGGUGAAUGUGAAAAAGGGCACGCUGCUCCCCUCCGAGCUCUCCGGCAUCGGCGCCGCCGGGCUCCAGCACACGGGGGACUCUCUAGCCAACGACGACAGCCACGACAGCGACCACAGCUCUGAGCACGCACACUUAUGA